GUGAAACACAUAUAAUGGGCUCAGAAUCUCAACCCCAAAAUUCAUUUAACUACGCAAGUUCCAAUCUUGAUAAGCUGCGAGAUAAGAAUCUGCCUAUAUAUGGUUGACUACCCAGCCUGCAUCAUCAGUUGAUCUGAGGAUUACAUCAAGAUGUGUGUGCCGAGGCUGAGUGUGGUGGUGGUGGUGGUGGCGACGAUGGUGGCCACGAUGAGCGCGGCGUGCGGCCCUCCCUUCCUGGAGCUCUACGAGGAAAGGGCUCACCAAAACCUCCUGGUCAACCUCACCGCUGACACGUCCGAGCUCACCAAUUAUGGUGACAGGACCAAGUCCAUCUGCGGUGUUGGACUGUGGUUCUUGUUUGAGGAUCCAGAUUACACCGUAAAAUCCGACUUCAUUCUUGAUUUCUCUUAUGGUGAAUACAGCUGCCAAGACCUGGAUACUGCCUCCAUGGACCGGGUAUCGUCGGUGAGACACGCAGGCGCCUUCGACGUGUGUAUGGAUACGUUGAUGCUGUACCACGACAAGCUCCAGGCCGGCGCCCAGUACUUGGUCUUUAUUGAUACCGAGAACCUCGAUGGUGUGUUUAACGACGUCACCACCAGCUUGGCCAUCACCGGAGUUUCUUGCUGGACCAUUUAUAAAGACGCGGGUUACAGUGGAACAGCGGCAUGUAUAUGUCCUUACGAUUAUGAUGGCUGGUCUUACGGUCUUUACGAAGUGUCGGAUAUUAACUUCCCCAACGACAGGGUCUCCUCUGUCCGGAAGGGCUGCCACUCUAGGCGCGUCCUCAAGUACUCGCCCAAGACGCUCUAGUUCUCACCAGCUUCAUAUCCUAUUUAAUCUUAACAUCCAUAGUAUGAUAUUCUUGUGUAUACAUUAAAAUAAAUGAAUAAAUAUA